AUGGGGACACGGGGGAACACUGGUGACAUUGGGAACAUUGGUGACAUUGAGGACAUUGGGGACAUGGGGACCCGGGGGACACGGCAGAAUUGUGGGACAUGGGGACAUGGGGACAUGGGAGGCGUGUCCCUGUCGAGCCCCCCCGGCACAGCCCAGGACCCCGCUGGGGACACGGAGCCCGACGGUGACAAAGUGUGCGCCGUGUGCGGGGACAGGGCCAACGGGUACCACUUCCACGUGAUGAGCUGCGAGGGCUGCAAGGGCUUCUUCAGGCGCUCCAUCCUCAAGGGUGUCCGUUUCUCGUGUCCCCUGGCGCGGCGCUGUCCUGUCACCAAAGCCAAGCGGCGACAGUGCCAGGCCUGCCGCCUGCAGAAGUGCCUGGACGUGGGCAUGAGGAGGGACAUGAUCAUGUCGGAGGAGGCGCUGCGGCGGCGGCGGGAGCUGCGGGGACAGCGGGGCCAGGCCGGGGGACAGCGGGGACACGAGGGACAGCGGGGACACGAGGGACUGACGGCCGAGCAGCAGGAGCUGAUCGCGCUGCUCAUCGGCGCCCACCAGCGAACCUUCGACUCCAGCUUCUCGCAGUUCACGCACUGCUGGCCUGCCGUGCGCCUGCUGGUGCCGAGCCCGCCUGGCGGGGCUGUCGCGGCGGGGGUGUCGCUGUCGCCGUCGCCGCGGGAGGAGGCGCUGCCGGACGUGCUGUCGCUGCUGCCGCAGUUCGCGGACCUGAGCACGUUCAUGAUCCAGCAGGUGAUCAAGUUCGCCAAGGAGAUCCCGGCGUUCAGGAGCUUGCCGCUGGAGGCGCAGAUCUCGCUGCUCAAAGGGGCCACGCUGGGCAUCUGCCAGAUCCGCUUCAACACCGUGUUCAACCCCCGCACCAAGGCCUGGGAGUGCGGGCAGCGCUGCUACACCAUCCGCGACGGGGCCCUGGCCGGGUUCCAGCAGGUGUACCUGGAGCCGCUGCUCAAGUUCCACGAGAGCCUGCGGCGCCUGCGGCUGCACGAGGCCGAGUACGCGCUGCUCCAGGCCAUGCUGCUCUUCUCGCCGGACCACGCCGGCAUCGCCCAGCGCGAGGCCAUCGACCAGUUCCAGGAGAAGGUGGCGCUGACCCUCAAGAGCUACAUCGACCACCAGCACCACCCCGAGGAGGGCAGGUUCCUGUACGCCAAGCUGCUGCUGCUGCUGACGGAGCUGCAGACGCUGAAGGUGGAGAACACGCGGCAGAUCCUGCACAUCCAGGACCUGUCGGCCAUGACGCCGCUGCUCUCCGAGAUCAUCAGCUGA